GUGCCACCUUGACAUCGGCCUCUUACUAGACUGCUCGAGCGUACAGCCGUCUGCGAGGUAUUUAUUUUGCAUUGCAAUUUGUCGCACUACUUGGACACGGAAGUGCUUGGAACGCCGGAUCGAAGGAAUAUUACGCCAUUACAUCUGCACACUUGACGGAGCCUAUGCUUUCUGGCGGGGCCCCUACGCAUACUUGUAGUAGUGGUGUUGCAGCCAAUGACGACGGGUCGUUCUCUGCUGCUCUAGUGGCUGUUUUGCACCCUUACGAACCUACUCACUCAGAUGAAAUUCGUCUGCGCCCGGGAGACAAAAUACAGCUUUUAUCUAAUGAUCACCGUCACUCCGGUGGUGAAGGCUGGUGCGUCGGUCAGGAAAUUGACAGCGGUCGUAUUGGUGUUUUUCCCGGUUCUUAUGUUCUCCCGCACCAAAAUCGCGCGACUUCACCUGUGACACAAGACCAGGAUUUUUCUAUGGACGAUCGGUUUUCCAGCACCUGUUCCCCUGUUUGUUUCAAUCAUGAUUCAAUUCUCUCUGAAGAUUCCAAUGCUCACAGUGUUUCCCUGUCACGUACUCGCUCACCGGGCCGCGAUACAAUUGGCCAGUCUAUACUGGCUCUGGAUUGCCAAGUGGUGCUGAUUAAUCCUGCCGAAAUCAAACAUGAGCAGUUGCAAUUCAUUGGCUCUGGAGCUUUCGGCACUGUUUACCGUGGAACCUGGCGUGAUGAAGUAGUCGCCUUGAAGGUGCUCAAUCUUCCAACAAAUCAAUUGAACAAGGAGGCGUCUCACUUGCGCCUUCUUUCGCAUCGCAAUAUCGUCCGAUUUCACGGCGUGUGCGAACUGGGCGUGUGCAGUUCCCCAGCACUGGUAAUGGAAUUUGCACAUGGUGGUCCAUUGAAUCACAUCCUCGCCGAUCAUCCCGCCCUGAGUCCAUCCACACUGCUCGAUUGGGCUUUACAGAUCGCCACUGGAAUGUCCUAUCUUCAUUCAGAGGUGAACUUAGUUCAUCGAGACUUGAAAUCUUCAAACAUUCUGGCACGCGAGCCUCUCUCUCGUCCCUACAUCGAGUCCGAGCUGUGUCAUUGCACUCUGGUCAUCACCGAUUUCGGCAUGGCUUGUCAAUCCUCCGAAUUGGUUUCACAACAAUCUAAACUGGGCACCGUGGCCUAUGCAGCACCAGAAGUCUGCCGUCAGACCGGAUUUUCGUUCAAAUCCGAUGUAUGGUCCUACGGUGUGGUGCUCUGGGAGUUGUUAACUUUGGAAACCCCCUUUCGCAAUGUGGAGCAACCCAGACUAUUGUAUCUCAUUGCGAUGUUCAACUACACAUUGCACAUCCCCGAGGACGUACCUGAAUUAUUCAAAACGCUGCUCAAAGAUUGUUGGUCUCCACUUCCUGCUAGUCGGCCUAGCUUCGAUAGAAUAUUGCCUCGCCUCGGUUGCUCCACCUAUUGCGACUUUCUCACAAUGGACUCAGCUGAAUUGUCUCGCAUUCAAUCCAAGUGGCGUGAGGCGAUUUCGGCACACUAUCAAGAAGAGCAUGAGGCUGAAGCAGCGACUCUAUCCUCCAAUGUAACUGAUGAGAGCCAGUGCACAUCAUCCACCGACAUGGAUGAUAAUUUGUCGGUUCAGAAGGAACUUCUGCAGCGCAGCUGGGAGUCACUGGAUCAACAGUGGCAACAGUUAGCCGCACGUGAGCUGGAGAUUGACAUGAAGGAAGAGCAUUACACUCGUUUGGUGGGCACUAUGGGGCAUCAAUUCACUCUGUUGGCUGUUCUGGCUGCCAACCAGUUGAAGGAUUUGCCCACUCCCGUAAAGCGAUUGGACAUACCGCAGCCACCGCCACCGAGAAAACGCCCUUUUGUUCGCAGUUUGUUCCGAUGGGGUGGCAUUACUGGCAACGAACUCGUUUCCAUCGACCAGUAUGGAAAAUCGGGAACGAAAAAUCGCAAAAUUUCUACUUCUCAGCACAAUACUAUCGUUGCCAACCAGUCAGCCUCCUCCACUGGUCUCAAUACGAUUACUAUCACACCUCAUGAUCGAAGUGGUGUCAGCAGAUCUCGCUUUACGUCUUCUCGUGGAGGUAUCCCAGAUAUAUCGCCUCCGGUGAACAUGAAGCACGUGGUUCAUGUGGACCAUGAUUGGGUCACAGGACAUGGUCUGACGGAUUCCUCCAUGCGGCUUUUCCCUGCCGCCCUCGUCGAACACGGUAUGAACAUCUCUGGUUGGCGUUCGACAACUACACCUCCUUGUUCACCAGAGAGAGGACCCAACCUCCCUCGGCACCGUUCUACAGGAACUCAGCCGUAUGGUUCUUCAGAAAACAACAACACGAUUUCAUCUCUUCGGGAUCACACAUUCCCCGAUUUGGCCGCCGAUCACUCUAGAUUACACGAGUUGUCUCCGGACGCGGACUGCGUGGGAUCCAGCUCUGCUUCACAUGGCUCCACAUCCUCCAAUCACUCCGGAUCACACCCACUUGUUCAACGAUUUUAUCGCGGCACUCCAGGUGUAUUACGAAAAACUGGUCAGAAUAGUGUCCACCAACAAACUGGAUCCCAUUCACCCGGAAUGCGCAGUCGCCUUGGCCCACAAAUCCUCUCCGACAUUGGAAAAGCGCCAAAAUCCCGCUCCACCCUCGCAGAUACACUGGCUGUGAACGAAGCGCGUGAGUACUGUGCUUACCACUCCGCUUGCAAUAGAGACAGUCCGUCGACCCAGCGCAGGAAGGCUGCAGGUCAUGAUUAUUCUGUUGUUUCACAACCUCUUGACGGAGUUUCUCUACUGAAAAGUAACAUCGUUACAGCGCCUCAUGUGGCUUCACCGGAGCUAGAGAGAGCUGACCGACGCCGCUCUGCUUCUGGGCCGACCGUCCAAAAACUGCAGAACCACUGUUCAGCUGAAGACCUUUGUCGACUUCACCAAGAUGGGCUGCAUGUAUCACUCAACAUCACAACAUCCCGAAACCUUAAUUCACUCAGCCGCUUCAUUUUUUCGGACACUUCUUGGCAAGGUAAUCCGAAACGCCUUCCACGUUCUGUUGGCGUUCUCCGGACUACAAAGAAGUGUCCUUCCUCUGAGCGACACUUAUCCGAUGUGAAGAAUUUCACUACACCUCCCAGCACUUGUGUCGAAGCGGCCCUAUGGAGUGCAUUUCAAUUAGUUUCUCCAUUCGCAUGCCUUCAAAUCGCACCGGUGAACCAACCGGUUUUAUUUGGGUCAGGAAUGGCUCAUCCUCCUCCUGCCUGUUUAUCUGGCAGUAACAGUCAAACACCCAGUGCUUCUACUUCCUCCUGUAUGCCAACUUUUUCUCCUGGACCUCACUCCCGCUCUUCGCAUUGCUCACCGCACCCAACUCGGCUACCUUGUUCCCCUACACAUGUAUCUUCGGAGCAAGUGCUUCGAUGUUCACGAUGUAUACCUUUGCUUGAUUCCCGGCGUCGUAUUCAGAGCGUGGAUCGAUAUAACCAGCAAGUGACCUAUUCUUGCGCCCGUUGCUCUCAUUUAGCUUUUCGUCUGGAGCUCAGUGACCAAUGCAUGCUAGCCCACCAUGCAGAAUUUGGGGAUCCACACUCACCCUUUCUCGGCAUGCUUGCCGGAAGCGGCCGCAGACCUGUCAUGUCCGGCGAAUGUGGUCAACGAACAAAAUACUCCAACGCUAUCCGAUGCAAUGCUCGUUGUCCUUGUUUACUGCAUCAGGUUCCGCGCUGUCAUUAUUAUCAUUGUUGCAGGUGUUGCACACAUACAUUAGUGCCGUUUGAAAGUCGCGGACCAGUCUGUCCCAACCCUUCCGCCAUACUGCACGAAUGUCCCCGUCAUCCCGAUUCACAACCCUCUGGUCACUCACCUUGUGCGUUGGGUCAUCAUCAUUCCAGUAUUGAUACACUCUCAGAAGGCCCUUUGCAAUACAAUUGCACUUGUUGCUCACGCUUUGGAUGCGGAACAGGUUGCACCAUCAAUUCUCAGUCCCGGCUACUCGAAAUGGAUGCACACACUGAAGCCGAAAUACAAGCUUCUGUCUUUGUUGAUCGAAAUGGAGGGUUUGCGAAUGCACCUUUCUCAAGUUCUUCUCAGCUGUGCACAGAAGCUAACCCAAAAUCACAAUUGCGUGUGUCUCCCACGCGUGAUUUCCCGUGCCCGCAUAAGGCGUGCUCACAUCCGUCACUAUCGCCGACCCCGUACAAUCCUGUUGCGCACUCACGCGAUGCUUACUGGAAGGCUACGCAAGAUGGUUACCUGAAUCGAACACCCCAUAUUCCACACUCCAGCAUUCCCGGUGAUCGAAAUCACGAUGAUUUUUAUUCAUCCGACUACCAGUUUCCUCAGACUCCGCGAAAUCUUACGGGAGGGAACGUUCUAUGUGGCGCCACGCAUCCCUUUGCUGCGCACGAGGCCAAGGAACCCCUCAUUUCUUCAGGAUCGAGCAGUGAUUCCGAUUCCAGUGCUGAGUGUCCGUCCGACGCCAGAGUCCAGAAAGAUGAAGAUAGUCUUACUCUAGUGCCCACUGACGGUUGGCACAAACGUGACUCGCAUCCUCCAGUUUCGCUUUAUAAUUUUAAUCCGGACAAACGAUCACUAGGGCAGACCUCUUCAAACGGAUUUCGUCCUUGUAAUGGUUACAAAACUCACACUCCCCGUCGUAUGUUGCACCGGAGCCCCGCCAUGCGCAGUUUGGACAGACCGAACAUUCUGGCUUUCAGCAGAAAUCGAUCUCUACCCGACUCUUCGGAAUUGAGAUUACAGUGCUCGAAGAGUCCCAAUCUGCGGUUGCCCGACGCAUGCGGCUCGCUUGGGACUGCUCCGCGAGAAAAGACUGCCAGUCCUUGUGGCCCAUUUGUAUCACUUCAUUCCACUCUGUUGUGA